AUGCUAAGUCAAAUCAAAUUGCAAUCAGUUCCUAUGGAAUACAAGUCAGCUAGUAAUAUUAGUCAUACAUCGAAGCUGCAAAAUAUGGCGAAGCCUGACAACGAGAACAAUCGUGCUGUUAUUUCCAACGGUAAUGGCAACAGCAAUAAAGUGUCCCCAGGAAAUGAAAAAGGUAACAUUGGCAAUAGCAGUAAUGGAGGCUCAAAGAAGCAAAGAAAUGUUCCAUUUGAGUUGACUGCGUACGGUACUACACCAUCGGGAAAACCUCGAUUGUUUGUCUGUCAAACUUGUACGAGAGCUUUUGCAAGGCUAGAACAUCUUCGUAGACAUGAGAGAUCCCACACGAAGGAGAAGCCAUUUAGCUGCGGUGUCUGUCAAAGGAAAUUUUCUAGAAGAGACUUAUUAUUGAGGCAUGCCCAAAAGUUGCAUGCUGGAUGUGCCGAUGCUAUUACAAGAUUAAGAAGAAAAUCGCUCAAAAGAAAAUCUGUCGGUUCCAACGAUUUAGAGGAUGACGAGGGUGCCAUCAAGCAAGAAUCUGGAAACAGUAUGUCCCCUCAUAAUUCAGGAGAAGACGUUCAGUUCAAUCUUAAUUUAUUCAAUUCAGGGGCUUCUCCACCUCCUGUCACAUCGAAACGAAACUCAGCAAAAGACCAGGGAGGUAUAAACUUGCAAAGAAAAGUAUUCGAACAAAGGCACUUGAGAAGAGGUGCUUCAUUUUCGGCGCAAUCGGGAGCAAACUAUGCUGUUGGUGGGUCUGACUUCCACGAUAUUUACCCAGGUACCGAUAAUAUAGAAUUCUCAACACCACAAUUGUUACCUUCGACGUCCAGCGAAGAGCUGAGCUGGUUGAAUAAUUUAAAUGCGAUUCCUGGUAUGGUAAACAAAGAUAGUCAUGAAUAUAAAAUCAGUAAUAAUUUAUCCUCUGGAGGCUUGAGACAACCCUCAAUUACCUCCCAUGGAAAUGAAAAUCCAUUUCCAAUGGAUGUAUCUCAUCAUGGGUCUUUUUCGAGCAAUCUCAAUACUCCAGGGAAUCAUAGAUCAGACUCUUUGGCUAGCACUAGCUCAUUCAAUACGUUAGAUAGUAUGGGAAACAUGCAGUAUAUGGUACCAACAGCAACGAUAUCUAAUCAGGAACUAUCAAAUUUCAAGAAUGAAAGAUCGUUUAAAGAUUAUGGGUACUCCUUUUAUGAUAUUCCUGAGUCAAUGCUCUCUGCGAAACAAGAUCCUUCCAAACAACAUUACAAUCCCCACUCAUCAUUAACACCGAUACGGCAAGAGGAAGACGAUGCUUCUCAACACGAGACAAAUUCGAAUUCUAAUACCGUAUCCAAUAAUUUUGAUUUGAAUUUUUUGAAUGACAUUGAAGAUUUAACACACGAAUAUGACGUGAAUUACAAGUUUAUGCCCAAUGGUUACUCCUUUUAUGGUGAUAGUCAAUCUGCUUCUUCGUCGGGUAUAGGUUCUAAUUCCCCCCAUGUUGUGACACCACCUUCUGGUGGAAUGAAUUUUCCAAUGUCUAAUAACGAUCAUCAUGAUGGUACGUUAAGUCAAACUCAACUACUCAAUAUUGAAAACGAUUUGAAAAAGAAGAGCAUCCAAAGACUGAAUCACUUCUCCAGGAACAAACUAUUUACUAAUAAACUUAGAUAUUUAAUUAAUAAGGCAUUGAGCAAGUACCCGAUCAGUGGAAUUAUGACUCCAAGUAUUCCUUCCAAUGAACGUUUGGAGUAUUAUCUUACCACUUUUAUCAACAUAUUCUUGGCUCAUUUCCCUUUCAUUCACGUAUCUAAGCUCAACGAAUACGAAAUAAUGAGUAUGACUGUGAACGAAGAUGAAACGAAUGAAAGUGCAAGAGUUUGCUUACCUUUGCUAAUUGCUACUAUUGGAGCACUAUUAGCAAAUAAUAAAAGCCACGCCGAGCACCUAUAUGAGGCGUCAAGAAGAACGAUUCACAUUUAUUUGGAAAGUAGAAAAAGUCAAGCUGAUAAUUCGACCCUGUCUAAUCAACCUUCCAAUCCUUUAUGGUUAAUCCAGUCAUUGACACUUUCUGUUAUAUUUGGAUUAUUCUCUGAUAAUGAGAAUAAUGUCUACAUAGUCAUAAGACAAUUGAAUGCUCUUAAUUCUUUGGUUAAGGCUUCUGUUAGAUCCAACAGACAUAUUUUGUUUGCUGUUAAUGGCGAGGACGAGGAGAACUUAAAUAUCGAUAGACAAAAGCAAAAUAAUUCUUUAUUUCCAAAUUUUAGCAUCAAUGAUGAAAUAAAAUUCAAGAAUAGCAUUGUUUUGCAGUCGCAAGUAAGAAUUGUAUUCAUGAUCUACAGGUUGACAAACUUUCUCUUGAUGAUGUAUAAUGUACCACUAAGUUUAUCAAUUAAUGAUUUGGGGAAGUUGACUUGUCCAAGCUCGGAUGAUGAAACUUUGUGGAGCUUUAAAAGCUAUCAUAAUUUUCAAGAAUACCAUCAGCUGAAUCAUUUAGAGAGGACUUUAGAAUCCUACUUGAGUGAUGAAAAUAAAUUUGUUUUUAAGGAUAUUUUGAAAUUGGUAGAUCCCAAUAUUGCGGAGAAUUCAGCAUUGGUGCAUGAGUUACUGAAUUUAAGUAAAUUUGGCUUUACUACUUUAGUUCAUGGUUUGUUUGAAGUCAAGCAAUACCAAGAAAUGAAAGAUGUAGACAUGUUUUCAGUUCUAGACAAUUUAACCAGGUGCAUGAAGUCAAAACCUACUGUAAAUGAAUAUAGCAAGAUGCAGCAGGACUUCGAGAAGCUAGACUAUGCUUUAUUGGUUAACUUUACGAAAAUUAGUUCUUUGGUUGAUUUUAAAUUAGCAAAAGAACAAAGUUGGUUAAAGAACUUUGAUGAAUUGACGAAAAACUAUAAUAAAUCAAUGCUUGACAGCCUAAAUUUAGUAAGUGAAUUCGACUUUUUGAAGAUUGUUGAUUGCAGCGUUAUGAUUAUAAAAUUGAUUUUGUUUAAGACCGAUGAUGCAAUCAAAGGGGAUGAACACGAGAAUGGAUUAUUCAACAAUGACUUUGACUUCCUGAACUUAUACAAUAGUGACAAUAACUCCUUGUUUAAAGCUGCUAGUAGUAAUGAUUUUAACCCUCUGAUGUCUGAUUCUCAUUGUGAAAACACAUCAACCAAUUUUGAGAAGAUGCUCAACUUGAAGGUUUUUGAUGAAUUUGAUAAUUCAAAGAAUUCAAUUCAUUCACAAAUGUUGUUCCAUGUUUUCAUGAUCCUUUCCGUUUUCGCAAUAUACAUGGUUAAGAGAAAUAAUAGUGAAGAAAUGAUGCAAGAUUUUCAGAAUUUGUCAUUCGAAUUGAAUCAGAGAUUCAAGGUUACUAUGGAGCUCUUGAAUAAAAUAGAGGAGUUCUUGAAGGUUAAGUACAAGGGUGCCAAUACAAACGUUAAGUUGGACAAUGAAUUUACCAAUAUGUGUCUAUAUUCGUCAUCUUCAAAUGUAUUCUCGUUGGAAAAAGUACUAUAUAUUCUUAAAGUUGGUGAAUUGACUUUGUCUUAUAUGUAUGAAUCGAACAUGAAAGUGAGCAUCUUCAAAAAGUUAGCAGGAAGUUUAUCCCAAAUCAGAAAAUUUCUUAUUGAUAAUGAGGCAAGAAUAGUUGGAAGCUGA